AUGCGAGAAGUUAUCAGCAUUAGUGCUUCCCAUCGAGCAAACCAUGUUCUUACCCAAUUCUACAACGGCCAAGAACAACUUCUCCAAGCUACCAACAACGUCAAUGAACCGGGCGUGUUUCUGAACCCAGUGGUUGACAGAAUCAGCAAAACGGUGUCUUACUCACCAAGAGCUCUGUUGUGGGACGCAAGAAACGGUGUAGGAUCGCUUGGAUUGCACGAAUACGAAACUGGCCACGAUUACUAUUUCGACCCAGACCGUAAGCCGGAGGAAGCCACUCAAAAAGGCGUCCAAGUCAUCCAAACUCACCAGAGAAUACCAAAAUCUGAAUACCAAACGGCAAUUGACUCCAACGGCCGCCUGCCAGAACUGACCGAUGCCAACACUAAGUACUGGUCCGAUUAUACCAAACUGGUUUUUGGAUCGUCCAAUUUGAGCUCUUUGAAAGACUGGUACCACAACGUGGAAGAUCCAUCGCUGCCGGACUUCCAAGACCAAAAUCAAGCGUAUUUCAACAACUACGAAGUCGGCUACAACGAGUUCAAGAGUAACUACAGCACGGAGUUUCUAGAUGAGAAAUUUCACUGGCAAUUGGAGUCCUGUGAUGGCCUCCAGGGCAUCAAUCUCGUUUCCGAGCUAGACAAUGGUUGGGGCGGGUUUUCGUCCAGCUUGCUGUUGGAAGUACGAGACGAACUUCCCAAGACCGACAUUAUAACGUGGGGGUUCAACAAAGACGACGCAUUGACGCUGCAGAAACCCGUUCGUUCGUCCAAGACCAAUUUUGAUCUUAUUUGCAACAAGAUUCGUUCUACCAUCAGUCUUGUGCGCGACUCAGAGCUGUUUUUCCCAUUGUAUUCAAAUCCACAGCAGUCGCUUUGGCAGUCUGCUGGUGCUGCAACUCUGCUUUUCGAUGCUGUGAACUCUGUUUCUUCCAAUCGAGUUCCGGAAGAUCGUGUUUUGUUUGGCCAAAUAGUCGCAAUGCUCACACAGGGAGAAACUCGACAAAACGUUGUCUCGCAGCUCGAAGCCGAUAACAUCGAUUUUUCUUUCUACUCACGCAUUCCUAAAGUCAAGACUACUGGAGAGAAAGUGUUUAACAAACUCGUCAUUUCAAGAGACUCUACAAGUGUCGUUAAGGAGCCGUGGAUGCUGAAAAGCUACGAAUGGCAGCCCUCAGACACAAUCCCUAUGGACUAUAGAGCGAACACCAAAUACACUACCAACUUGGCCGUGACGGAACAACCCAGAGAUGUCUUCAAGAGCUGGUUUGACCUGGUUUCGCGCUAUUUCCGCUACGAUUCCGACCGGGAAGAGCUUAAGGAAGAGUUGGGCACUUUGGCAAGCGAGUAUGAACACGGAUGGUACGACGACGACGAAUCUGGAGACGAUUGCUGA